AUGGCCUCCGUGUCCGAACUUGCCUGCAUUUACUCUGCUUUGAUCCUCCACGACGAUGAAGUUACCGUCACCGAGGACAAGCUGAAUGCACUGAUCAAGGCUGCCGGUGUCACCGUGGAGCCAUUCUGGCCAAGUCUCUUUGCCAAGGCCCUGUCCAGCGUGGACAUGGGCAGCCUGAUCUGUAACGUUGGUGCAGGAGGAGGUGCUGCUCCCGCUGGGGCCCCAGCUGCUGGAGGAGCUGCUACUGGCGAUGCACCAGCUAAAGAGGAAGAAAAGAAGGAAGAGAAGAAAGAAGAGUCUGAAGAAUCUGAUGACGACAUGGGUUUUGAUGAGUGUUGCAUGAGAAGUGAUUACCACCACCGCCUCCUGUUGAUGCUAAGGAAGUGGAAGGGAUUGGCUUAA